AUGGCCUCCUCCAAGGAACAACCAAGUUCCCGUCCUGUCUCUGGCAGCUUCUCCUCCCGGCAUCCUCCUGCCUCUGCCAGGCAACACUCCCACUCCGUCUCGCUGUCGGCUACGAACCCUUCUCAUCGAGUGAACAGGAGGAAAAGCGUCAACGCAGGUGCUUCCACAACAGCGCAGGCUGCUAUUGCCGCUGCUUUGAGGGACCAGGGUGAUUUACCUGGAAUACCCGUACAGAGCCACCGGAGGAGCGCCAGCUCCAGAAAGAUGACGGAGUCACACUCGAUGAGUGCUCGACCCAGCAUGCACUCUUAUUUCAAUGGGCCCCCUGGCACGGCAGGCAGCCACGACAACGAGGUUCUUGAGGACAAUUCCCAUGACGAGGAUGUCCCAGCUUCGUCCAGAAACCUCAAGAAUCGAAACAGGAGGGCCAGUGAAGGGUCACAUCUCAUCAAAGGCGAGGGCAAAAAGUCGGGGAUUGAAUUGCGGUGCGAUACCUGCGGCAAGGGCUACAAACACAGCAGCUGUCUCACCAAGCACCUCUGGGAACAUGAUCCGGCAUGGGCAAUCACGUCCAAGUUGCUCAUCUCCAAACACCAACAGGUUCAAUUGCUGGAGGCCGCCUCCGUGUUGUGUAACAUGACUGCGGAGAAUUUGCCAGCCGGUCAAUCCGAGAUUGAAGCCUCUGCGAUCGAUCCAAGCGAGGACUCGUCUGCAUCUCCCGGGCUCUCCUCGUCCGAGAUGCAGGACGAGCUCAGUUCUGUUGAGACAACCCCUCCUCCCAUGAGUGAGGCGGCGUACCCCGUUCCAGAUUCGAAAAGAUUCAGCAGUGGCAGCACAGGCUUCUCCCGCUCGUACAGAUCUAUUCCAUCCAGCUCCUAUGCUGAGAGCUUUCAUUCGCCAGGCCUACCGCCUUAUCGACUCUCCGGGGCGGAUUUCCGACCGAGCACCUCGGGGACUGACGAUGGCACGCUGGCGGCCGCGACAGCUGGCCUCUCGUUCAGCAGCGGAACUCCUCGUACGAAGCCGUCCUAUUUAGGCGCUGAUGUGCCACCUGUACCACCAUUGCCACAACAGUACCAAUCCUUCAACAGCAAGUCAUCUGACAGCACAUUGACAGCUAUAUAUAAUCCUUUGUUGCAGAUGCAGCCUCCCACCUUGACGCAGAAGCUAUCCGACGAGCGCAACUAUCGGGAUGGGAGCGACGACAGAGAUGUCCACAUGGACGAUGAAGAGAUGUUCAGGAUGGAUCAAUAA